AUGCAACAUCUCAUCCGAGAUGGAUACCUGAGGCAGUUCGUCCGACAAGCACCCCAGACAACCACCGCGCCCGAUGCACCUGUUCAUCAGGUUCGAAUCGGCAGAUCAACUCAGUUUGUGAACACCAUCUCACACUCAGCCACACAGGAGUAUAAUCUGAGUCCAGGAAUCACCUCUAGAAUCCACAAGAGGGACCAUAAUGGUAAAGAAAUUUUCAGUGUAGCCAAGGCCCUGCCAAUGGAACCUUGGAUGAUGCAACUUAUUUCCUUCUCGGCCAAGGAUGUCCCAAUGAACGGUCAAGCCCAUAGUUACCACUUGGUCAUUACCUUGCUGAUUGAAGAAUGGGGAGUGAGAAGGAUACUGGUAGACAGUGGGAGCUCGGUCGAGGUGCUUUUCUACGACACCUUCAGGAGAAUGGAAUUGUCAGAUGACAUUCUCGUUACCUUAACAUAUCGAAUUUACGGCUUCAAUGGGAUCGUAACCAUCCCAAAGGGCGAAGUAACUCUGAGAGUAUCGGAUGGGGGUGGAUAUCUGGAUACUCUAACCACAUUCUGCGUAGUCGACGUCGCCUCACCCUACGAAGCCAUUAUCGGAAGACCUUGGAUCGCCGGUAUUAAAGGGGUGGCAUCGGCCUACCAUCAAAGGAUGAGAUUUCCAACGUAUAAAGGUAUAGAAGAGGUCGUUGGCGACCCCAAGGAGGCCAUGCAAUGUAUGCAAGUCGAUAUUCAAAUAAAUGAGGAACGACGAGCACGUCAACGAAGGGAUAAAAACAAGGCCAAAGAAGCCAAGGCGGCAGAAGAGUUGGAAAAGGUUAUCUCCCAGGCGGUCAUGGCGUACGAAGCAAAGGAGCAAGAAACCUUAUAG